AGCUGGGCCAAUCCCCUUGGUGGAGGAAGCUCGGCUGAUUCUCGUCUCACUCUGGAGGGUAGUAAAGGGUGGCGGUCUGGGGCUAGAGUUCGGUGGGUGCAGCCUGCUUGCAAGCUGAGGCCAGCCAGGGGGGCGCUUACGGACGGAAAAGAAAAUCUGAUUGCAAACGGGACCAUAUUUUGCUUUGAAAUGGAACCAGCAGUUAGUGAGCCAGUGAGAGACCAAGUUGCAUGGACGCAUUUGACAGAGGAUAUUCCCAGAGUGAGUACUGACAUAGAAAAGGUUAACCAGAAUCAGGCUAAGAAAUGCACAGUGAUCGGGGGCUCUGGAUUCCUGGGGCAGCACAUGGUGGAGCAGUUGCUGGCAAGAGGAUAUGCUGUCAAUGUCUUUGACAUCCGGCAAGGGUUUGAUAAUCCCCAGGUGCAGUUCUUUGUGGGUGACCUCUGCAGCCGACAGGAUCUGUACCCAGCUCUGAAAGGUGUAAACACAGUUUUCCACUGUGCAUCACCCCCGCCAUCCAGUAACAACAAGGAACUCUUUUAUAGAGUGAAUUACAAUGGCACCAAGAAUGUCAUUGAAACUUGCAAAGAGGCUGGGGUUCAGAAACUCAUUUUAACCAGUACUGCCAGUGUCAUCUUUGAGGGUGUCGAUAUCAAGAAUGGAACUGAAGACCUUCCCUAUGCCAUGAAACCCAUUGACUACUACACAGAGACUAAGAUCUUACAGGAGAGGGUAGUCCUGGGUGCCAACGAUCCUGAGAAGAAUUUCUUAACCACAGCCAUCCGCCCUCACGGCAUUUUCGGCCCAAGGGACCCCCAGCUGGUACCCAUCCUCAUCGAGGCAGCCAGGAAUGGCAAGAUGAAGUUUGUGAUAGGGAACGGGAAGAACCUGGUGGACUUUACCUUUGUGGAUAACGUGGUCCAUGGACACAUCCUAGCUGCAGAGCAGCUCUCCCACGAUGCAACCCUAGGUGGGAAGGCAUUUCACAUCACCAAUGACGAGCCCAUCCCUUUCUGGACAUUCCUGUCUCGCAUCCUGACAGGCCUCAAUUAUGAGGCCCCCAAGUACUACAUCCCCUACUGGGUGGCCUACUACCUGGCCCUCCUGCUGUCGCUGCUGGUGAUGGUGGUCAGCCCUGUCAUCCAGCUGCAACCCACCUUCACACCCAUGCGGGUCGCGCUGGCUGGCACAUUCCACUACUACAGCUGUGAGAGAGCCAAAAAGGCCAUGGGUUACCAGCCACUAGUGACCAUGGAUGACGCUGUGGAGAGGACCGUGCAGAGCUUUCGCCACCUGCAGAGGGUCAAGUGAGGGACCUUGGAGGCUGGGCUCUCUCUACACGUUCCCCAGCCAGUAACUCUCUCCCCUGUGGACUGAUGACAUAGCAUCCUUCGAAUGAUUUCUCUUUGAGUCUGUGACUCCUCUUACUAGGUAGAGAGCGCACCCUACCCUUUCCAUAAUGACAAAGACAGCAAAAACAGACAUUUCUUCCUUCAUGGAAUUGGAUUUGGGUUUCUUAAGCAGGCAGCUUCAUAUUAUUACUGAUUUGUUCUCUG